AUGGCUUCCUCUCCUUUGAAUGCCCAGCCUUCUUUUCAUGCACGCUCAAACAGCCUGCCUUCAAGGAAGCACCCCAUCACUUCACAAAUUGAUGAAGAUCUGAACCUACUGAGGGCGUCUCAGUCGGCCUCUACAUCUUCAUCGAUAGAACAUCAACUCAACUCUCUAGCCCAAGAGCAGCAAAGGAAAUGGGUUGAAGAACUUUUGGAUGGAUCUCUCAUGCUUCUUGAUGUAUGUGGAACCGCUAAAGAUGCCUUGUCGCAAACAAAGGAAUGCACACUAGAACUUCAAUCGACUUUGCGCCGAAGACGAGGAGUCGAAGGGUUCACUAAUGAGGUUAGGAAAUACUUAACCUCUAGGAAGGCAGUGAAAAAGGCAAUCUGCAAGGCCUUAAAGAACUUGAAGCAUAUGGAGAAUAAACUUAGCAGCUCUUCCUUCAGUAGAGAUGGUGAGAGCGGAGCCGUGAUUAACACCUUAAAACAAGUAGAAGCAGUAACUGUCCGCGUGCUAGAGUCCUUGUUGUCCUUUAUAUCAGGGCCAGAGGCUGAAUCGAAAUUGAGCCGGUGGUCACAAGUUUCAAAGUUCAUGUACCAGAAAAGAGUCGUGUGCGAGGAAGAAGAACAAAAGGCAAAUGAAAUUGUGAAUGCUGAAGCUACAUUGAGUUCCUUGAUUAAAUCUGAGCAUGUUGAGAAUGUUCAAAAUGUCCAAAACUCAGUGAUGUGUAUCGAAGAUCUCAAUGAAGGUCUUGAAAGCUUGUUUAGGAGGUUUAUCAAAGCAAGAGUCGCUGUUCUCAACAGCCUGAUCAACUGUUGA